CGGGAAGUUCCGAAUUGAGAAGUUUGAUGGUACAGAUUUCAGUUGGUGGAAGAUGCAAAUUGAAGAUUUGCUGGUUCAGAAAGAUUUGGGAUGUGGUAUUGGGCGACAAGCCAGAAAAGAUGUCGGAUGCAGAUUGGGCAAGUUUGGAUCGGAAAGCUAUGCCCGUGAUCCGUCUCUCAUUGACCAAGAAUGUUGCGUUCAACAUUCUGAAGGAGAAGACAUCGAAGGGAAUUAUGGACGCGCUGUCUAACAUGUAUGAGAAGCCAUCUGCAGCGAACAAAGUUUUUCUGAUAAGAGAGCUGGUGAACACAAAAAUGAAAGAAGGCACUUCAGUUACCGAGCAUAUCAACAAGUUGAAUUCGAUCUUAGCCAGACUAUUGUCAGUGGGCAUUAAGUUCGAUGAUGAAGUUCAAGCUUUGCUACUGCUAUCGUCUUUACCUGAUAGUUGGUCCGGAACGGUUACAGCAGUUACCGGUUCAGUGGGACCCGAUGGAUUCACCUUUGAUCAGAUUCGAGAUCUCGUUCUUGGCGAGGAUGUCAGAAGAAAGAGUUCAGGGGAGUCAUCUGGAUCCGGCAGUGUGCGUCUGCAGUGGGAGCCGGUAGGGACCGAGGACGAGUCAGGGGCAGAUUUUGCCGUGACUGAUGUGUUGGAGCUUGGGAGAGCUUCAACGGGCCUUUCAGUUGUCUGAUGUUAGGGCCGCUGCAAUAGGAGAGCUGAGGAAGAUUACUCGAUGUACAGGGAAUCGUGGUGGAUGGCAGUUGAUAACUAUCAAGCCUCCAAGUGGGAGAAUGUUGGGUUUGUGGAGGCUUGGGCUUGACUUUUGGCCCGGCCCAUUUUACGAAACCCUAGAUGCACUCUUCCUAUAUAUAUUGCAUUCUUGUACUUGUAAUCGGGACCACAAGUGAAAUAAGAAAAUCCUUCCAUU